GCGAGCAGAAGUGUCCGCGAAUCAGUCCAAAAAAAAUUGAAAAAAUUUUUAAAUCAAGAAAACACAGAAACAGAAACAGAAAGCAAUACACCAAAGCCCCCAACACCAAGAACUACAAAACGUCGCUGUCUCUCAAUCUGAAUCUCAAAUCUAUAUAGAAAAUAUAUAUACAAUUUUUUUUUGCAAGUGCUGUUGUUGUUGUGUUGUUGCAAGUGAUCUAAAAUUCUGUAUAUAAAAGGAAAAUCAAAUUGAAAAUUAAACCAGAAAAGGAACCUAUUUGGAUUAACCUAAAGGAACUUUGGAAGAUCAACACUCAAGCAACGAGGAUCCUUUUGAGGAUCCUGGCCGUAUUCACUUUUCAACUAUAAUGCGGUCAGUUGGUUGGCAGUGCGCUGCGACCACAGCUAAAGGCAGCAUCACGGCAACCGGCAACGGAAACGGAAACGCCAGCGGCAACGGUAGAGGAAGUGGCUAUCAUGCGGCGAUGGCUCGUCCGCUGCUCCUGCUCCUGCCCGCCAUCCUUCUCCUUCAUAUCAUCGCCUAUCUACCACACACGGUCCAUGCCCGCAGCACAACCAGCAGCGGUGGCCUUACGGUGAUCGAUACCGAUCGAUUACGUAUACGCACCACCUCCAGUACGGCAUCAUCGAAUCAAAAUCAAAAUCAAAAUCAAAAUCAGCCAGCGAUCCCCUCCAGCUCCAGUCCGCGUAAGCGUCAUCGGAAAAGGAAUAGCAAUUGGAUCGAUUAUCGGAAUUUUGAUGAGAAUACAACGGCCUUGGAGUGGGCCAAUCCCUGUGGCGGCAACUAUCAUCCCUCCGCGGGUGAUCGCUUCAAUCGCCAGCGUCCCAGGCAGAGCUUCAAUCAGCUGAAGCGCCAUGCCUUUAGGGAGUACCGCAGCCUAAACAGUAGCCAGGACUCGGCCAUCGAUAUCCGCAACAUGACCAUGUGGUCGCUUCAUACCCACAACUACAAGUUCCUGCCCAAGCUCAAGCCCAAUUCAACGAUUGCCCUGAAGCGCUGGUACCGCAACAUGCAAACGUACGUGGCCAGCUUUGCGUAUUUGAGGCGCCAGCAGAUCCGCUGGGAUCAGCGUUCCAUUACCCGCGAGUCGAGCACCGCCCGCGAACUGCGCGAACUGCUCCUGAGCUCGCGUCGCAUCCUCUGUGAACUGGAGACGGCCGUCAACCAAACGCAGAGUCCGCGUCAGAAGCAGCGGCGCAGUGGUGCGGCAGUUGUUGCCGUUCCUUCAACUGCCACAAGCGGCGGUUCUACCAAUCAGCUGCCACAGAUAUCGCGACUGGAGAUGAACAAGCGUCUGAAGCUGCGCUCCAAGACGGUCUCGGGCUCGGAAUCGGGAUCUAGUGCAUCCAUACCGGCCGGUGAAGCGGAUUCGAUUGAUAUGCGUUUCGUGAAGCAUCAUUAUUAUGACUUCCUGCGUACCAUGUACCAGCUGCUGAGGCGCGAUGGCAAACGGGUGAAGGUUAGCCGCCCGAAGAAGUCCCAUCAUCACAGGAAGCACAAGAACAAGAAGAGCCAGCAGAAGAAGCAGCAACAGUUGGCCGCCGAGCAGCUGGAGAAACGCUGGCGGAGUUCUACUAUGAAUGGCAAGGAGUUCAAUGAAGUGUCCAAGCCAGUGGCUGGUGGCUCCUUGGUGGCUUCAGGUGGUGCUAAUGGCGGUGGCAGACGUGGCAAGCGCCAGUCGAAGCAACGCAGCAGCGUGCAGCGCACGUGAAAUUGCAGUUUCAUGAAUCAUAAUUCCCCGCCCCCACCCUCUCAUCAACCCUCUAUUUCUCAUCAUUCCCCUUUUAAUUCUCUAUUAAUUUUCCCUUAGGACACGCCCCUUUUAAUCCCCGUCCCCACCCAUUCACCUUAAUUUAACCGUUUAUCGAUCGAUCGUAGCUUAAGUAAAUUAUUUGAUUGCCAGCACCGCCGACUCUCUUCUCACUUUCAUUGCAAGUAUUAAGAAAGAAAAAAAUAACAUUCCGUAUUUAUUGAAGGAGAAAGAAGAAAGAAGAAAGUAGAAGUUAUAGAUUUUAGUCUAUAUACUAUAUAUUAUAUAGGAUAAAGAACAGUUUAUAAACCCCAAACCAACCGCAGUUGCCGUUCUAGUCACAUAAGAGCAACCGCCCAUUAUCCUAGCACCCACUGGAAAGUAUUAUUUAAAAAAAAAAACAUUUCUUUUUACAAAAAAAUCCAAACUAUGUGACCCCCCACAUCCCAUCCCCCUUAGUAUGCUAAGCUAAAAAGAAAUCAAAUCCAUCUUAACCAUAACCAUCCCUAGACUAAGCCUAGUUCUUAAGGCCCACCAACACACUCUUUUUUUUUUCUUAGGCUAACUUUGUGUUUUGACAUCUGUGAUAUAGUGCUUGACUAGUUCGUAUUUAACCUAAUUGUACAUAUAUAUUAUAUAUAUAUAUAGAUAAAGAUAUAGCUAUAUAGUAAGGAAGGAAGUGUGGCUGCAUCUGACAUGCCUUCGUAGAACUAAGCUCGCCCUUAGAAAUCGAUUUUCGUAUUUAUAGACAAGACAGAUUUAUGACUAAGCCAGCAGCGAA